ACUACCGACAUGCGACCGACACCACCGACAACGCGACGCUUCCGACGCCGCCGACGCAAACUCAGAGACAACAACACAGGAUAGAACAGGUAUACAUUCGAAAUUAUUCUAUAAAAUUUUUAAAUUAUUGUUUUGUUAUUAAAUGUUGGGUAUCUUUAAUCUCAGCGUUUUAAAAAGCAAAUGAAGAUAUUAUAAACUUAUGUACGACACUACGCCUUUGUAUGUUCAGCACGCCUAGUGGCGCCAGUGGUGCCGGUUGCGGAGGUUUGUUUCAAAGAUCUUGCAAGUCACUAGCUUGCGGUGUCUUUAUCCUGCUCGUCACUGUGUCAGAGAGAGAUAGUAGCCCAGUAUCGCCAUGGCUCGUCGCUACGACUCCCGGACCACUAUAUUCAGCCCCGAAGGUAGACUGUAUCAAGUCGAGUACGCCAUGGAAGCGAUCGGGCACGCCGGCACCUGCCUCGGCAUCCUGGCAUCGGACGGGAUUGUUCUCGCUGCGGAGCGAAGAAACACCAACAAGCUUCUCGACGAAGUGUUCACUGCCGAGAAGAUCUACAAGCUGCACGACGACAUGGCGUGCAGCGUGGCUGGCAUCACCUCGGACGCCAACGUGCUGACCAACGAGCUGCGUCAGAUCGCCCAGCGGUACCUGCUGCAGUACGGCGAGUCGAUCCCCUGCGAGCGCCUGGUAAGCUGGCUGUGCGACCUCAAGCAGGCGUACACUCAGUACGGCGGGAAAAGGCCUUUCGGCGUCUCCAUCCUGUACAUGGGAUGGGACAAGCACUACGGCUACCAGCUGUACCAGUCGGACCCGAGCGGCAACUACGGCGGCUGGAAGGCGACGUGCAUCGGGAACAACAGCGCGGCCGCAGUCUCCAUCCUCAAGCAAGAGUACAAGGAGAACGAGACGACGCUCAAGGACGCCCUCGCCCUGGCCAUCAAGGUACUCAGCAAGACGCUGGACAUGACCAAGCUGACGGCCGACAAACUGGAGAUGGCCACGCUGACGCGCGACACGGUGCGCAACAAGACCACCGUGGCCAUCCUGAGCCUGGCCCAGGUCGAGAAGCUCAUCAAGAAGCACGAGCAGGAAGAGGCCAAGCUCGAGGCCUCCAAGAAGGAGAAGGAGCGCGAAAAGAGGAGCUAGGCCCUUCCGCGGAACCUGGCGCUGUCAUUAAACGGGACGAGUUGGUCGA